UAUACUUUGCAAGUUUUAUUAUGAAAUCUAUAGUAAAUUCUCUCUCUAUUCUUGGAAUUACGUCACGUAAAAUCUAUAAUCAAGUUCAUUUGCUAAUAUAUUGCUAAGAAUAAUAAAUAUUUAAUAUAAUCAGCUGUAACUGAUUGAUUAAAUAUUUAUUAUUCUUGGCAAUAUACCAAGUGAGACAGAGAUCGAUUAAAAUGAUGAACUUGUUUCAUAAGCUUAUCCUAAAAGGUAGAAAAAUUGAUCAGUGUGUAUCGUAUUUGCGUAUAUAUAUCGUAUUAUUAUUCCAUUUCCUUCGGCCCUCGUCCGUUCCAUAUUUUAAGCCACACGUAUAUUAUUCUGCGGCGGAGUCACGUGGCCGCGCGUUCUCAGGGCCAACUAAUCAAUGGAUAAGCAUCGACCUCCGCACCGACGAGGCUGGCAUUGGUGAUUCAGUUGUGCCACGGGGGUGCACUCGUCCGAUGAUGGCAACCCUUCUGUUUUAUUCCCUCUAAAAGCAGUCGAGUGGGACAAAAUGCUGAGCUCGAGUUCGCCGAUCGAUCGUCCCAGUCUGCAUCCUGGUACCAGAUACUUCAUCGCACCACGAGUGCCCCACGGCCUCGCAGCCGUGGUCGAGGGUCUUACUAGGGAGGUCCUGCGUCAUCAUCCUGAGGACAUUUACGUUUUCGCGGCGCACCACUUCGAGAAGCUGCUGAAACUGCGGGACCAGUAUCACGCCGAAGUAUACAGUGGCCGCGAAUUCGAUCAUGAAUUCGGUGGCGAGUUCAAACUGUGGCCUACUAAGCAAGUUAAGGAUGUCGGAAGAUCUUCGAACAGCGAUGGAUCCUUGGAGAAGAAGAUCGAACUUUUCGAGAGACGCGAAAAAAUGUCCACCGACGUGGAAGAGAGCACGGAUAUUUCCACCGAUAGAGAGAAUCGGAAGACGUCGAAGCAAACAUGCUCGAGAGGUCUCUCGACCACGAAGAGGACCUCGAAGAAAUCGAAGGACAAUGACGCGACGUCGGAUGUUCGCGCGACGAGGAUCAUCUCGCAGAUGUCUUCUCUUCAUGGUCCCAGCAAGCAUAUCCAGACCAAGGAUAUUAAGCAGGAACUCAGAAAGAACAAAUUAAGCGGCGAGAAAGGAAAAACAGUAGAUACGGAGAAAGGGAUGCGAAAUGAGAGACGAUCUAGAAUGAAGGUUUCUAAGACGGAAAAGGAUCCCGAGGAGGAGAUCGAACGUACUACGACGACGACGACGAGUUCGAGUAGAACCUCCGCUCGGAGACCCUUGAGGAAAGUGCGGCGAAUUGAGAGUGAAUCCGAGACCGAGACAGAGCGUGAAAUGACGGCCAGGGUUGGACGUGAAAAUGGAUCGAGCGUCAAGAACAACGGUGCAAGCAGCGAGACCCUCUCGCGGACCGGAAGCAAGGAGAAAAGACCGGAAGCGUGGCUCUCCGAACAUUCCUCCGAGAGGAAAGUGUCGUCGAGAGCGCUCAGCAUGGACCGUAUCCGGGCGUAUGUGUUGCGGAAAUUCGCCAGCACUGCGAGUCUGGAGGUGUUGCGGUCGCCUACGUACGUGGAACAGGUGCAGGAGGUGAUUGAUCGCGCGGUACCGAUCAUCAAGGAGAAACUGGAGGAGGUGAAGGUGCCGCGAGGAAAGCGUUCGAGAUCGGUCGACCUCGUCUGGAACAGGGAGUCCUUCCGCCAGCACACUCGGGAUGAGAAGAAAUACCGCGACGAAGAGGAAGGCGGAAGAAAAACCACCGGAAACAAACUGCCGGAGCGGAAAGUCGAUACCGAUCGGAAGGAAGAGAAGGAAAGUUCUCUCGAAAGAGAUGAAACAGAGGAAAAGAAAUUGAGGAGACGCAGCGCGGGAUCGGGCAAAAAAUCGAGAAGACGCGAAAACGGUUGUCGCAAUGACGUCGAAAUGAUCGAUCAAGUUGACAGCAAGCACAGUGACAAGUUGGAGCACGAAUAUGGGACACGUGACACCUUAGAAGCGAAAUUGAUCGCCACGCAGAACAUCCUGGAAGAUAUUUCCAGAUCCGCGUCCGAUUUGGGUGGCGUUCGCAAGAAUGAUUCUGCGGGAGGUGAACCGCCGGAACCGGAAGUCUCCGAUCAUGCGAACAUCGUCUCCCUGCCUGUGGUGAGACCACCGUCUUCUAGAAAUUCCAGAAGCGCCACCAGAAACGGUUCGGAUAGUCUGACACUGCCGCCCAUCUCUCCGGAGGCUCCCAAGUCGACGAAGAAGAAGGACGAAUUAUCCUUGCCGGUUCUGCCGGUGUCCAACGGCAAUAAUUCCGCUGGAAAGUCCCAGGACGACGAGGAAGCCUCGACGUUGCGCGACAUUACGAAUGAUAUAGAGGAUAUAGCGAUUCUCCCUGAAGACGAUCAUGAAAAGGUGAUCGUAGACGCGGAAAAGCACGAAAUAGAUAAAAAUAUGGAUGAUGUUGCUCGAGAAAAUAUUCCGGAGCAAUUUAUUGCUGAGAAACGCGGAAGUCUCGAGGAGUUUGAGGAAUUGGAAAGAAGAAAGACGGCGGAAAUCUUCAACGACAGUUUGAACAUCACGCCGGAAGUGGCGGAUGUGCCGAGGCCGGAUUCGCUGGAAUCUGAUGAGGAGAAGAGGGUUGAAAACGAUGACGCGGAUCUUGCGAACACGUUCGACGAGCUGAAGGACAAGUUGAUCGAGAUCGAGAUGGUAGAACGAAAUAUCGAGAUGGCAUUGGCUAGCCAACAAUUCGCGAUGGACGGUGGCGAAGCGACAAGCCAAGCGGAAAAGUCGAUGAUUGACGGGAAGAUAAAUGACGUAGGAAAGUCAACUAAUGAGGUGGAAGAGACUGUGAAUGAGGUAGAAGAGUCGACGGAAAAAAUAUCGAUGAAUAAAGACGAUGGAAAGAAAAAGAACGACGAAGAGGAGAAAAAUUCGACAAAUAAAAUAGAACAAGGAAAAGAUGUAAUAGAAACAUCGACGAAUCAAAAAAAAAACUUAUCACACAUAAAUGAAACAGAAAUAUCGAAGAAUAAAGCGGAAGAAAAAAUAGAAAGAUCAUCGAACGAAACGACAAGUCAAGAAGAAACAUCAGUAAAUGAAAUUAAAAAAUCAACGAACAAAAUUAAUGAAGCAGAAGUAUUAAAAAAUGGAGACACGACAAGCCACGUGAAAAUAUUAACAAAAGCAGCAGAAGAGGCGGUCCAAGUACCCGAAGACGAAACAUCAACGGAUAAAAAAUCAACGGAUGAAAGAUCGAUAAGCAAAAAAUUAUCAACCGACGUGGAAGAACUAACAAAAGCAGCAGAAGAGGCGGUCCAAGUACCCGAAGACGAAACAUCAACGGAUAAAAAAUCAACGGAUGAAAGAUCGAUAAGCAAAAAAUUAUCAACCGACGUGGAAGAACUAACAGUUAUAAGUCAUAUCGAGGACGUACAGUUUAUAAAUCCAAAAUCACAAAACGAAGAUGAUCAGAUUACUCGAACAGCUGUUUACGAAACAGAUGAUGAUAACGCGGCAGUGUCUAAGAAUAAAGCCGAUAAUACGGCAAAUAAAUCUUCCAAUAAUACAGUUUGCGGAAAUGCUGCGAGCAAAGGCGAAAUCUCAGCAAGAAAUCUUCCUGAGAAUACCAGGACGAAAGCGCGGAAGAAACGCGAAAUCGAGUCGCCAGGAAUGACAUCACUUUCUUUGGAGCUUCCGAUCUCCUACGUUCUCAGCGAAGGUUCUCCCUGCGAGAUACCCGAUUCCGUGACGACCGUGAUUAUUCCUGAUAGACCCUGUCCGUCUCCCGUGACUCUAGAGGACGAAAAUUAUCAGCUUGAAUCAACGAAUCAAAAAGAAGAAUCAUUUAUUCGCUCUAAUAUCGCUAAAACAAGCGAAACACUGAAAAAGGAUCGAAGUGAAUACGGCAUGGAAGUUUUCGGUGAACAUGUCCGACCUGAAACCACCGUUCUACCUGUCGACAUUGAUUUCGUGCGUGGUGCGAAAGGGAUGAAAUCAAACCAAGACAUAAUAAUCGCUCACCAGAAUUUGAACAAGAUCAAGGAAGAAGACGAAGAGAAGAAGGACGUUGAAAGAGAGGAGAUAAAGAGCCCUCAGGAACAGAAAGAUGACGAGGAGCCAGUUGUACACGAACAAGUAAUAAAACUUACGACUCUGGAGAACAUCGUGGAACGCGAGGAGAACGAAGAAACCGGCGCGAAAAAGACUCCCGAAUCCAAGGAUGCUGAAGAGGUCUCCAGCGGUGCUCCCGAAUAUGAGUCCCUACCCGACACCAUAGAAUUGAUAGAUACUGGGUUGACAGACGAGGGAAACGCGGACAUUACCGUAGAAUCCCGGGGCACGAUGGAGAACUCGUCGGAGGAGAACGAGAGUACCCAGGAUACUCGCACGAUGACCUCUAGCGAGGUGAAAGAGAGUAAUCGAUCGAUCGAGAGCCCGAGUCUGGACAGACCGGUGGUGCCGGAGUUGAACCUGGAUUCUCUUCAGGAUAACACGGUGUCGUCCUUUAAAAUGACGGCGAACGGAACAGCCACGAAGGAAGACAACGGCAGUCCUAGCGACACCACGACGUCCUUGAUCGAACCCUUGAUUUCGGACGACAGGUUGAUGAACCAGUCGGUUCUGGCCGAUCGCGAAGAGGACGAUGUCGCAGAAGAGCUGACGGAAAGCUUGUCCAGGUAUAUGCAGUCGGAAGUUGCGGAGGCUGAUCAGUUGUACCGAGCGGAACAAGCGGAAUAUGAGCGCCUGGAGAAGGAUUUGUCGUCUCCGGAAACCAAUUUAGAAGGCGAAGCGAAAUCUCAGGAGGACGAUAUUGGUUUGAAGGCUUUAACGGAAGUUGUUGAACUUGUUGGCCCACGAGGCAAGGAGAUGGAAAAGGAAUUGGAAAGCGAGGAAGAAAUCGCAAGAGAAUUGAUAGGCUCGCUGGAGGAAGAUAUACUUUACACUAAAAAAUUAACGUUGGAAGAAAAAUCUAAGGAUGAGGGAGAAUCUGAGAAGAGCAAUUUAAAUGUGAAUGACAAAUCUAAUCGAUCAUUGCCGGACUCUGUUGAUGAGCAGGAAAAAGGAGAAAUUUCUUCGGAUAAAAUUCAAAUGAUAGAUGAAGCAGAAACUGAAGUAAUCGGUGAGUUAUCUAGCCAGGUGGAUAAUAAACCAGAUCACAAAGAUAAUAAUACUGAUAAUGAAACUGAAGAGCUUGAAUUAAAAGUAGAAAAUAAAGCUGUAGAAGUUGGAUACGUUGCGCCUUUAGCACAAUUUGAGCAGGACGAAUUAUUAGAACUUAAUGACGGACAAACGAUAGAAAAGAUUGAGGAGAAAAUUACAGUCGAAAGUAAACUUGAUAAUAUUGAUAAUAAUCAGGAAAAUCAGGAAGACAAACAAACAAGCGUUGAAGAAGUUGUAGAGAGUCAAAGUAACGAAAGUACAAACAAAAUUGAAGAAUUACAUAAAGAACAAAAAGAAAAUGAAGAAAAGUCGCAAGAUAAGGAUGAAGAAUGUGAGCAGGAAAAAUUACAAGUUGAGGAAAAAUGCGAAGAAGAAAAAUCAAAAGUACACGAAAGUACAAACGAAAGUACAAACAAAAUUGAAGAAUUACAUAAAGAACAAAAAGAAAAUGAAGAAAAGUCGCAAGAUAAAGAUGAAGAAUGUGAGCAGGAAAAAUUACAAGUCGAGGAAAAAUGCGAAGAAGAAAAAUUAAAAGUACACGAAGAAUACCAGCAGGAGAAAUCGGAGGAAUACACACAAGAAGAUUUAAAAAUCCACGAAAAAGAUAAUUAUAAAAAUUUACAAUUAGAGGAAAAAAUUGUUGAUAUAAAAACAGUGCCUUUAGAAGCAUCAGAGUCAAGAAAAGGAUCGAUGAACGAAUCGACGAAUGAUAAUGAUGAACGUGAAGAGACUGAACGAAUUACUAGUGAUGAAUUCGUCACUAACUCUAGGACAGAAAGAGACGUGAAAAAUAACGAGAUAGAAGAAUCUGAAAAUUUUUCAGCCAAGAUAGAGAAUGUUCAUAGACCAAUCGCAAGCACAAUAUCGGAACAAUCGAUGGAAGAUCAUUCUCAUGGUGGAUAUUGGAUCACGCAGACGCAAUCAUCCACCGUGGAAACGGUGAUUGAAACUUCUGAUUCUACUACGAAUACAGACGAGAAAAUAAAGUCUGCUACUGAUGUGCCAGAAAUUAUCAAAGACGAAUCGCUUAAUCAGAAGAAAGAUGAUUUUUACUCAGCAGUUAUAAAAAUCCAAGCUUGUGUUCGAGGAUUUUUAAUGCGUCGUCGCAUGAAAAAAGAUGUCAACUCAAAAACUGUUUCGGACAAUGUUUCUUCGGUGCAGAAAAUAAAUACGAUCGAUCAUUUAACGGUGCCGCAUCCUGCAAAUUUGCGAGAAGUCAGAAGUGGAAGACAACGUCUUCGACGAGAAGAAGCUCUACGAAACACUACUCUCUCGUUGGAGAACGCUUUCGCUACAGGCAGACUUCAACAUACCGGCGAGUUUCACGAUUCUGUGCCGUUGCCUCUUUUCGAUCUGAUUUACAAUAAUAGGGCUGAUUCAACCACGUCGGAAGAAUUGUCGAAUAAAACGAUUGAAGAAGAGGAACAAACUAGUCAAUCUGAUAUUGCAAAAUCUAACGCCGAGAGCGAUUCCGUUCACGAUGAUACACACGAAGGAGGUUUUCAGAAGGGCAACGUCUUCACCGAUCACCAUUCGACUUUUCCGAUCGUGAUGCAUCUGCUAGCGGAUGCAUCUCGCAAUUGUCACUUUGCAGUUAGUCAGAACUCCCGUUCUGAUUUCAAUGCGAAUGAUAAAGGAAUGAAACCUGCGGAGUCCACCCUGGACUUCCUGAUGCUGGGCUACCCGAGAGACGACGACAAUCGAUACUUGAAUUUCAUAACCAGCGUCGAGGAUCUGGAACACGGUUCGAACAUGGAUUCUUUACCCCUGAACGACACAAUAAAGUGCCCGAAGAACGUCGACGACGCUCGUCCCUCGACGACUUCCGGCGAGGGUAGCAUCAGGGAACCCCUGGCUCUUCCGGGCACUUCUCAGGGUGUCGUGAUCGAGGAGGUGACCAGUUUGGACGCCGAACUUACCCGAUCAGAGUCUGCGACGAAACCGUCGACCGCGUCGAAAACCUCGCUAGAUACAAAUAGCUCGGUGCCAUCGGAGGAAUGCACCCUCGAGGACGAAAAGAAUGAUUUAGGAACGUCGCCAAGGAUCGCGGGAGACCGGAAACGUGCGAACGGAGAGGCCGAAAGACAAAAGUCCGAUUCCAACCUUGAGAGCAUCCCAGAAAAUGAUAGCGAGGAUGCGAGAAAAGAGCGCGUUGAAGAGGAGACGGGCGAAAAGACGUGAAUUAUCAAUUUUAUGGAGUGAAUCGAAGCACGGCACAAUUAGUUCCUUCGAUUAAGAUCGUCGCUUGUGUGUGAGAUAAUAAUUAUCACUAUACUUUCACUUUGCAUGCAUUAUUUUAGAAUAAUUUGCAAGGAGACGUUAUUGUUUCACAUUAUUUUUAACUUCGAUGAUUUAGGGUAAUUUUUUUUAAUUUGAUAUAAUUUUUCUAUUUUAUAUAGAUGUAUAAGAAUAAUAUGCGAGUAGAGAGAUUAUUUCUCAGGAAUAUAUAGUUUUGAAAUAUACAUUGCAUACAAUUGUUAAUGCACAUGUAGAAGAUGCAACGAGAUUCUAGAUUUGCAAUUGUACUACACAAUACAAGCGAACGAUCUCUUCCCGCUUUUAUUAUAGUUCAAAGAUAUAUAUCUUUAUAUAUACUGCACAGAGCAGUAAUAAAUUGUAUGAUAAUUAAA